UAUUGUUUAUGUCAAAACAGCUGUCUGCUACUUUUUUAUUUGUGUUGUGACCGGUAUUUUGUGAAACAAAACUCUUAAUUAAAAAAAAACUAAAUAAAAAUAAUAAUUUUUAUUACUUUUAAAUCUUAAAUUAAUUUCCAAAGAUUUACUAUUGAUUUUCACCUAUAAAAAAAAAUGUCGGGCCCCAUGGUUUUGUGUCAAUUGUGGAUGGGUGGUUUGGAGCCAUAUAUGACGGAAAGUUUUAUUUUAAAUGCUUUUCAUAAAAUGAAUGAACAACCUCAAACUGUAAAAGUAAUGAGAAAUCGAUACACUGGAGAACCAGCUGGUUAUUGUUUUGUUCAUUUUCCUACAGAUGAAAUGGCACUUGAUGCAAUGCACAAAUUGAAUGGCAAAAUUAUUCCCGGUUCAAAUCCUCCCGUUCGGUUUCGAUUGAAUCACGCAAGUACCACAGGAAAACCGGCAACUGACAGAGAAUUUAGCGUUUGGGUUGGUGAUCUUUCAACUGAUGUCGACGAUUAUUCUCUUUACAGAACUUUUGCCUCCAGAUAUAAUUCAAUUCGUACGGCAAAAGUAAUUUUAGAUAAUAAUGGAUUCAGUAAGGGUUAUGGUUUUGUUCGUUUUGCCAAUGAAGACGAGCAAAAAAAUUGUUUAGUUAUAAUGAAUGGCUAUCGAGGACUUGGGACAAAAUCAUUAAAAAUUUGCAAUGCCGUUCCACGACCUUGGAGUAAAUCAGGAUCUUCUCCUCCGCAUUCAUCUGGUGAUUAUUCCUCGGGUCUUGGCUUAGAAUCUUAUAAUUAUUAUGAUACAUCUUCUUAUUGGAACAGCUACAGUGCUUGGCAACAAGGAUGUUAUGAAAGUGAGCCAACAUCGGAAAAUUAUGGCACUUACAUGACUGAUCAUAAACCCGAGGAAGACGAACUGGAAUUGAUAGAGCACUCGACUCCAAUCGACAUUGACAAAAUGAAUCGAGAAGUAAUCGAGCAAGAUUAUAAUUUAUGGGACGCCUUGGAAAGCUCAAAAUGGAUUCCAUGUGAUACUCUUGAAUUAUGCUACUAAUAGUAAUUAACUAAAUUUCAUUUUAGACUAUUUUUUUUAAGAGAAAUCAAAUAUCAAUCUUCCCUCAUCACAAGUUCUUCGAACGCGAAUUCACACAAUUUUUUUUUCCAAUCAAUCACCGUAGGAUAAGUAAUUUAAUUUAAAAGAAAGUUUUUGCAAAAAUCAAUAAAAAAAAAAAAAUUAAUUAUACAAAAUUACAUAGAUCAAAAACACUUUAUUUCUCAUUCUAACAUGUAUCUUAUGUUUGUAAUGAAUUAAAAAAAAAAAUGAAUAUAAUAAUCGAUAUCUGUGGAAUGCAGGUUGAUAAAAGUUUAUACUGGAAGUAUGCGAAUAUGCAAGUCGUGUCUUUGGUAAACGAAUUUUUCGAAGCCCUAAAAAGGAUAUUGCGAGAAAGCUUCUUUUUUUUUUUGUACAAUAUGAUUUAAUAUGAAAUAGAUCUAGAUUUUG